UAAUUUGUUUUUGAAGAUUUCAUGUAAAACGAAAGGAACCAAAGCGGAACAGAAAAAUGUAUACUGAGUCGAUCACUCCUACGGUGUCCCUAAAUAGUGAACAAUCAUCAAGAACUAAUUCAACAAAUUGUGUGGAUAGUGAUUCAAAAGAUAGUGACUCUGGAAAAGAUAGUGCCAGUGAUUCAUUUAACAGUCUGAUAGAAGACAAAGUAGAAGAAAACUGCAGUAACUGUCUUGAUGACUGCAUAGACGUUAAGUGCACGGGCACUCAAUACUCUGUACCCUACGGAGAAGAACAGCGUAAAGUUAUAAAGAAAAGAUCUGUAUGUUGUAAUUCCGUGACGCAGACGGUGUGGGGUGUUCUGCUCAUCAUAAUAUCAAUCAGCGGUUUCGUCUUCUCUCCCUUAGACUUCAUGCUGUGGGAAAAACUAAAUAUGAGACCAGGGCUCCCACCUUACGAAUGGUGGGCGAAUCCACCUGACGAGGUUAAAAUGCGGACCUACAUAUUCAAUGUGACAAACCACGAGCGAUUUAUGAAGGGUAUUGACAAGAAAUUGAAUUUACACGAAAUUGGACCUAUUGUUUAUUUAGAAAAGCUUCAACAUUACAACAUGAAGUUUAACGAAAACAGCACUCUAACGUACACGGCCAAAAGGUCACUAAUCUACUUGCCGGAUGAGAACACUUACGACUUAAAUGCCACCAUCAUAGUACCUAAUUUAGCUGUUUUGGGCAUGGCUUCAUUUCUUCACGACUCCAACUACUUCGUUCGUACAGCGUUUCGACUUCUAGUUAAUGCGCACGGCAGUGAAUUUUUCGUCAAUAAAACCUUGUAUGAAUAUUUAUGGGACUACAGAGAUCCCGUACUGGCAACUUCGAAAAACAUCGUCCCUGCAUUAGUUCCAGUUGACAACAUGGGCUUUUUAAAAAGGAUGUACAGUGACUUCAUUGACGAGGUGACGGUGAAUAUUGGUGCGGAACGCGGACACGACAAUUUCUUCAAAAUCAAUCGGUUCAGAGGUCAGCCGCAGUUGCCUGGAUAUGAUCCCGCUACUUGUCCAGAUCGUAUAUUUGGAUCAACAGAAGGCGUAAUGUACCAUCAGCAUAUUACCAAAGAAGACGUCUUACUGUAUUGGAGAAAGACUGUCUGCAAACUUAUGCCUUUGUAUUUUGAAAGUGAGUUGUCUAUGGAUAAGGUGCCUUUGUACAGAUACAAUCUGUCUGAAGUGGUGUUUGAACGCGUGCGGAACGGAACCGAUUGCUACGACACUACGCCCAGCCUGCCGUCAGGACUCAGCGAUGCCUCAAAAUGUUACUUUAAUUUUCCUAUAGUGGUUUCGUAUCCGCACUUCUACACGGGUUCGCCCCCGAAGGACCACUACGUUACGGGUCUUACGCCUGAUCGAGAGAAGCACAACUCUUACGUUGUUGUUGAACCUAUAACUGGCGUACCGUUCCGUGCGGUGGCCCGGAUGCAGAGCAACCUGCGGAUGCACGACCUCUCAUUGUUCACAACAGAAUACAAAAGAUUCUCCAAUCAUGUUAUACCAUUGUUUUGGGCGGAAUAUAGUCAAGAAGGUCUGCCGACUGUAAUAAAAUGGACGAUUUACUUUAUGGUAGUAAUACUGCCGCCGUUGUCGGUUGUUAUUUUUAUUCUAACCCUACUUUUAGGUAGUUUCCUCAUCACUAGACAAAUGUACGAUCAUAAAAUUAUAAAGAAAUUCAUUCCCUGUAUAAUACAAUUGAAAAAUAAAAACAAGACUGUAGCAACUAAUAAAAUAUUUGUAUACGAAAGGGAAUCAUUCAUCAAAUUGCCUAGUUAACACGUAAUUUCAUACAUAUCUAUUGAAAAUAAAUCUGAACGAUAUUUGAGACUGAGUGACAAUUUUUUUAA